AAACAAUCCCGUCUCUUGAACUACUGCUAACAGUUUUUAACAUCUUCAGAAGGUCAUAUCAUAUUUUAUUUAAGUGUGUUGUUUUACAUUCAGUUUUCCCCCGCGUUUUUUCACACCAUGGGUACUUCUAAAAGGGUCUCUCGCUUCCAUUGCCUUUUAUGUCAUACUUUCGUGGCAUGAAAAGUUCCCGAAACAUCUGUUAGCUUAGCAUUCCAAUAACAAAUCGCCUGACAAACUGCACCACGUACGACUAGAAGAUCAAAUUUGCGAUCUCCACAGCAACAUCCUAAAAAUGUCUAUCCUGGGAUUAAAGAAGAAACAGCCAAAGACUUUUAAGGUCAAAGUUAUAACAAUGGAUGCUGAGAUGGAGUUCAGCUGUGAGGUCAAAUGGAAAGGUAAAGAUCUGUUUGAUUUGGUUUGCCGCACUGUUGGUUUGAGAGAGACCUGGUUCUUUGGACUCCGGUACACAAUAAAAGACACGUAUGCUUGGCUGAAACCAGACAAAAGGGUCUUGGAUCAGGAAGUUCCCAAAGACUCUCCAAUAACAUUUCACUUUUUGGCAAAGUUCUUCCCAGAAAAAGUAGAAGAAGAACUGGUCCAAGAAAUAACACAACAUCUUUUCUUCUUGCAGGUAAAAAAACAAAUAUUAGAAGAAGAGAUAUUAUGUUCCCCUGAAGCCUCUGUUUUACUGGCCUCAUAUGCUGUUCAAGCCAAGUAUGGAGACUAUGACCCCAACUUUCACAAACCUGGUUUUCUGGCUCAGGAUGAGCUCCUCCCAAAGCGAGUGUUGAUGCAGUAUCAGAUGACAGCUGACAUGUGGGAGGAGAAGAUUACAGCUUGGUAUGCAGAGCACAGAGGUAUCGCCAGAGACGAAGCAGAGAUGGAGUAUCUAAAGAUUGCACAAGACCUUGAGAUGUAUGGUGUGAGCUACUUUGCUAUAACUCAAAACAAGAGGGACACAGACCUGUUGCUGGGAGUGGAUGCCCAGGGCCUUCACAUCUACAGCCCCAACAGCAAACUCAGCCCAAACAAGUCGUUCCCCUGGAGUGGCAUCCGCAACAUCUCUUACAGCGAAAAAGAGUUCACUAUCAAGCCUCUAGACAAGAAGAAAGAUGUUUUCAAAUUCUACUCGUCUCAGCUGCGGGUCAACAAACUGAUCCUGCAGUUGUGCAUAGGAAACCAUGACCUGUUCAUGAGGAGGAGGAAGGUGGACUCUAUAGAGGUUCAGCAGAUGAAGGCUCAAGCCAAAGAGGAGAAAGCUCGUAAAAAGAUGGAGAGACAGAUUCUGGCUCGAGAAAAGCAGAUGAGGGAGGAGGCCGAAAGAGCAAAGGAGGAAAUGGAGCGGAGACUCUUCCAGCUGCAGGACGAGGCCCGACUUGCCAACGAGGCUCUGCUGCGUUCAGAGGAGACGGCUGACCUCUUGGCAGAGAAGGCCCAGAUCGCGGAGGAGGAGGCGAAGCUGCUGGCCCAUAAAGCUGCUGAGGCUGAGCAAGAGAGGCAGCGAUUGGAGGUGACGGCGCUCAAGACCAAAGAGGAGAAGAGACUCAUGGAGCAGAAGAUGAGAGAAGCAGAACAGCUAGCUGUCAAACUGGUGGAGCAGUCUGAGAGGAGGUUAAAAGAAGCAGAUCAUCUGAAACAGGAUCUGACCGAAGCCAAAGAUGCAGAGCGCAGAGCCAAACAGAAGCUGCUGGAGAUCACCAAGACGACCUACCCGCUCAUAGCAGCCUACUCUGCCCCUCCUGCCCCUCCCCCUCCUCCACCCGAAGCCUCAAACUUCUCCUAUGACUCCACCUCAAUGCGCUUGGACUUUAAAGACCCUGACAUGAAGAGGCUCUCCAUGGAGAUCGAGAGAGAGAGGCUGGAGUACAUGGAGAAGAGUAAGCACCUCCAGGACCAGCUGAAGGAGCUCAAGUCAGAGAUCGAGUCGCUAAAGCUGGAGGAGCAGCAGCAGGCCGGCCUCUUCCACCCAGACCCCCGCAGAUACCACCCAGAGCCCCACUACGUACCCCACAGCAAUAGAAACUCGGCUUACAUGUCACAGAUGGCCUUUUAUGAAGAGGUGUGAUCAGCCCUGGACAGAUAUACUGCCUUUAUAGAACACAUCCUGUGUCAAAUACAUGCGUGUGUUUGCCGAGACCUUUGCCAUUUUGUGCUUCAUGCUGUUACUCUAAAAUGGAUCUUCUGCCCAUCUGCAGUGUGCCUGCCUAUUAUUGAACUUCUUGUGAUGUUUUUGCUUUAAAGAUACCAAGCCUUCAAGUGUGCCAUAUGAACCACAAAGGGCUUUCUGGAGUUACCAUUUUGAACAAAACUAAUAUUUAGUUUGAUGGUUUUUAAGUUACAAAUUGUUUUGAUUGUAAGAAAAGUUACAUUUGAACACUGUGCUACUGUGUUAUUGAACUAUUUUUUUUCUAGUAAAAAAUGGACUGAUGGUUUUACAGUGGCAGACAUAGACUGUUAAAAUUCAGUAUUUGCCAAGUGUUUCAUUUUUAAUUUUUACUGUUGGUAGUUUAUAGUCAUUGCUAUUCCAGUUUUUAAGAUUUUGUGCCUUAAAUUGCGUUUUUUUACAUUUUUAUAAUAUUUUGCCACAGUUUUAUCUUACACCCUUACUCCAUAGAUAUUAUCUUAAGGUUGCACUUCUCAGGACUGUUCAGAGACAAUCACCCAGCAAAUGUACAGAUGACUUGGAUGACUGGUGCCUUAAGACACUAUUUUGAUAUCAUGGUUCUUCACGUAUGUUGCAAUCAAUGUGAUUAUUAUUGCUUAAAGUGACUUAAUGUGCGCAUUUACUUGAAAUCCAUGCCUAGAGCGAGAUAAAGUACUCACAAAUAAAAUAAAUGUUUUGUCAGUUUACUAAUAAGCACCAAAGUGCAUCUGUGUCAUAAAAUAAUACAUUCACCUUAAUUUCAGCACUUAAAUGGCAUAUAGCGUUCCCCAUAAUGUUAAUGUCAUUUUUUUAAUUUACCGGUAAUUUCAAUUUUACGUCUUGCCUUAUUUUCAGUAUGCAUUAAAUGCUUUCCAGUGUUUUCAUAGGAAAUGUAACCUGUUAAACUACAUCAGCC